GGAGAAAAAAAAACAAAAAAUCAAUUAAUGAGUUCGGAUAAUCAGUAAUUAACUGUCAGUAGGAAAUAGGAUCUGUUCGGAUUAAUAGAUUAAUUGAAACAGAAAAAAAUCAGACUCGUAUGCAUUAACUAAAACACAACGUUGAGAAGUUGACAUCGAGAUUAAUUUUAGUCAAUUGUUUCGAUUGAUUUCAAGUAGUGACGAACAACGACGAUGAUGAUGGCAAAUCAUUGAGUUAUUACAUCAAAACCUUAUUCAAUUUAAAUAAAUUAUGAAGUAAUUAAUAUAAAUGAGUCAAGUGUUGAUGAUGUACAUAAAUGGGAAAAGUGUUAAUCUAUUAUCUUAUGUUUUAUUGUUAAAAGUGCAACUAUUCAUUUCAUGUUACAGUCAAGAUGAGCCAAACAAGCUACAGUCAAAUGACGAUACAGUUGAAAUCAAAGAAAAGGUGAAUCAAGGAUUAAACAGUCAAGAAAAGGAUUAUGAUGAAGAAGAUGAUUCCUUAUUGAAGGAACAAAAUGGACUAAAUUUGUUUCAAUUCAUGCGGUCACCAGAACCAGGAUCAUAUGAAUCUGGUUAUCGUAGAGGAAAUGAUGACCAUUUAGUAGAAAGGAGUGAAAAAAAGGUCGGCAAUCAAGGUGAAGUAAAAGUACGCUGGAAUGAUAAACAUGAUGGUUUGGGCAGACAGAAAUGGACUUUUGGUAAACGCUCAAAGGAUAAUCGAGAAGAGAAAGAAAUUAUCAAAUUAAUCAAUUCACAAAUUGGUUCAUUAGGACUAAUGAAUUAAUGAGAAUUUACAAUUUUGAACAACUCAUAAAUGAAAUAUUUAAUUAAUUUAUCAAUUGAUAACAUUUAAAAUGACAUAUCUUAAUUUUUUUAGUGCUAAAAAUAUGGAGUUGCUGGGAUAAUCGCCGAACUUUGAAUCAGAAAUAUUAGUUAUGCAAUAAAAUGAGAUAAAUGUAUGUAAUAUUUAGCAUUUCCAUAAAAGGAUAAUCGCCUCAUUUGAUGAGUUAAUUAAAACAUUCAUGAACAUAACUAAAAUUGUAUUUAUAAGGACUAAUAUUCAUUGACCAGAAUAAUUUCUGACUAAAGUAAAUCAAUUCAAUGCGUCAAUCAGUUCAUCGUCAAGGUUUUCAGAAUAAUUCUAGAGCCUAACCUUAGAGAAAGUGUGAGUCAAAGCUUUACAUUUACAAAAAUAGCAAAAAUGCAGGAAAAAGAAAAAAUUAUUGGAAUUAGAAAUAAGCUCUAAAAUUAUUGAUCAAGUUUUCUACCAUUGAUAAUUGAUGAGUGCUCGGUCUUCAGAAACUUAUCACUUAUGAGUUCAAGAACAUUUUUUAAGGGUUUUAAUAGCAAAAUAUCUUUGUCAAAAAUGAAAUAAUGAAGCCUCUGAAAGUCAUUAACAUUUCAACAAAAACAAUGAUAAUUUUCAUACAGAGUAUUGACAUGAAACAAUUUUUUGAACUCUAAAGAUUAUAACUAUACAGAGUGAAUUGAAUCUAUCUAUAAAAGUAAGUUAAUUGUAAGCAAUACAAUUGCUCAGCCUAAGAGUACUAUUUUAUGACAUCAUUUUUUACUAUAACUGUUGGUAAGGAUGACAAUAAUGAAGAAAAUCCAACAGUCAAUCAACAGUUGUUUUCAUUUGAAAUAAUUUUUAAAAUGUAGCAACU